AUGUCCCCAGAAGAGACACAGCAGGAGGAAGAAGAGGAGGAAAUGGCAGCUUCUCAGGGACGGCUGACAUUCCGGGAUGUGGCCAUAGACUUCACUCAAGAGGAGUGGGAAUGCCUGGACCUCGGUCAGCGGGAAUUGUACACGGACGUGAUGGUAGAAAACUAUAGGAACCUGGCUUCCUUGGGUCUUGUGGUCUCUAAGCCAGACUUGGUCACCUUUCUGGAGCAAAGGAAGGAUCUCAGGAAUAUAGGGAGAAUGCAGACAACAGGCAUAUUCCCAGGCUGCAGGAUCCUAGCUAUAUCUCCUCAAGACUCCCAGGAUUUGAUGCCAAAGAAACCAAGUGUAGAAGAUUUGUUCCCAAAAGCAAACCUAGGAAUAUAUGAAAGAUUUCACCUCAGAAACGUGCAAUUAAUGAAAGACUCAGAACAUACAAGGGCGUGUGAAAGACAGAGAAGAUGUUUACAUGGACAUAAAGAAAUUGAGACAGUUACACAUAAUGCAGAUAUUACUGUAGAAAGAAAUGAGCUACUUGAGUCAAAUUGGGAGAAACACUCAUUUCAGUCUUCAACAUCUGCUGAGAAGUGUAAUUUUUUCAGAAAAAAUUUACAUCAUUUUUUGAAACAUAGUUGUUCUCUGAAAGGAAAUGUGGAAAAUCUGGAAGGUCCUCCAGUCUCUACUGUAAAUACUCAUUCAAACCACUCUGAGCAUAGGCUUCGAUUCAACAUAUAUUUAAACAUGUCUGAAAACCAGAAAUCUAAAAAUGAUGGGAAAAACUCACAAUAUAAUCAAUUUGAGGGAUCUGUGAUUAGGAAGUCAUUAUUCUUCCAUCAACAGAUAUUUUCUCUCCAUUCCAAGGUGUAUAAUGUUGAUGAUAAUGGAAGAGAUGUAAUCCAACCAGCAUUGUUCAAUACAUCCCAUGAUAUGGUUAAUAGGAAAGAACUUUCCAUGUGUAAUAAAAUGAGUCAGACCUUAAGUAAGACCUCCAGCUCCAAAAAUUACACAAUUAUUUAUGAUGGAGUGAAGGUCUAUUCAUGCAGUGAACCUGGGCAUAACUUUGAACAAGACUCAAACUUUAUGGAACAUCAGGGAGCUCAAUCUUCACACAAGGAUUCUAAAAGUAGUAAAUGUAAGAAUAUCUUUUAUCAAGCAUCAGAUCUUUCUCUAAAUAAGAGUAUUCAUAGUGGAGAGAAAACUUACAAUUGUAGUGAAUAUGGUAAAGUUUCUAAUCAGUCUUCAAAUCUGAUUAAACAGCAGAGAAUUCAGAAUCCACAGAAACAUUACAAGUGCAAUAAAUGUGGGAAAGUCUUCAGUAACUCAUCUAAUAUAAGCAAACACAGGAAAAUACAUUCAGGAAGGAAACCUUUCAAGUGUACAGUAUGUGCCAAAGCCUUUAAUCAGAAUUCAAAUCUUAGUCAACAUCGGCAACUCCAUACUGGCAGGAAACCUUAUAAAUGUAAGGAAUGUGGCAAAGUGUUUAUCUAUUUCUCAACUCUUAGUCAGCAUCAGCAAAUUCACACUGGGGAGAAACCUUAUAAAUGUGCAAAGUGUGGCAAAGCCUUUAAUCAGAUCUCAAAUCUUACUUGACACCAGUGAAUUCAUACUGGAGAGAAACCUUAUAAAUGUAAGGAUUGUGGAAAAGCCUUUAGCUGGCGCUGUGGUCUUACUCAACACCAGCGAAUUCAUACUGGAGAGAGACCUUAUAAAUGUAAAGAAUGUGGAAAAGCCUUCAAUAAAAACUCAAAUCUUACUCAACACCAGCGAAUUCAUACUGGAGUGAAACCUUAUAAAUGUAAGGAUUGUGGCAAAGCCUUUAGCCAGAGCUAUAGCUUUACUCAACAUCAGUUAAUUCAUACUGGAGAGAAACCUUAUAAAUGCAAAGAAUGUGGAAAAGCCUUUAGUCAAUCCUCAACUCUUACUAAACACCAGCGAAUUCAUACUGGAGAGAAACCUUAUAAAUGUAAAGAAUGUGGAAAAGCAUUUAAUAAAAACUCAACUCUUACUAAACACCAGCGAAUUCAUACUGGAGAGAAGCCUUAUAAAUGUAAGGUUUGUGGCAAAGCCUUUAGCCAGCGCUAUGGUUUUACUCAACAUCAGUUAAUUCAUACUGGAGAGAAACCUUAUAAAUGCAAAGAAUGUGGAAAAGCCUUUAGUCAAUCCUCAACUCUUACUAAACACCAGCGAAUUCAUACUGGAGAGAAACCUUAUAAAUGUAAAGAAUGUGGAAAAGCAUUUAAUAAAAACUCAACUCUUACUAAACACCAGCGAAUUCAUACUGGAGAGAAGCCUUAUAAAUGUAAGGUUUGUGGCAAAGCCUUUAGCCAGCGCUAUGGUUUUACUCAACAUCAGUUAAUUCAUACUGGAGAGAAACCUUAUAAAUGCAAAGAAUGUGGAAAAGCCUUUAGUCAAUCCUCAACUCUUACUAAACACCAGCGAAUUCAUACUGGAGAGAAACCUUAUAAAUGUAAAGAAUGUGGAAAAGCAUUUAAUAAAAACUCAACUCUUACUAAACACCAGCGAAUUCAUACUGGAGAGAAGCCUUAUAAAUGUAAGGUUUGUGGCAAAGCCUUUAGCCAGCGCUAUGGUUUUACUCAACAUCAGUUAAUUCAUACUGGAGAGAAACCUUAUAAAUGCAAAGAAUGUGGAAAAGCCUUUAGUCAAUCCUCAACUCUUACUAAACACCAGCGAAUUCAUACUGGAGAGAAACCUUAUAAAUGUAAAGAAUGUGGAAAAGCAUUUAAUAAAAACGCAACUCUUACUAAACACCAGCGUAUUCAUACUGGAGAGAAGCCUUAUAAAUGCUAUGAUUAA